GGGGGAGGAGGUUAUAAAGCGAGUACAGAGUAGCUGGCGGGAUAGCCAUGCAGUCCAAGCGGGAAUGUGAGCUGUGGUGUGAGAGGGUGAAUCCGGAAAACAAGGCAGCUUUGGAGGCAUGGGUCAGGGAGACGGGCAUCCGCCUGGUGCAGGUGAACGGGCAGAGGAAGUAUGGCGGGCCACCCCCAGGCUGGGUGGGCAGCCCGCCGCCGGCCGGCUCAGAGGUGUUUAUCGGGCGGCUGCCCCAAGACGUGUACGAGCACCAGCUGAUCCCACUGUUCCAGCGCGUGGGCCGGCUCUACGAGUUCCGCCUGAUGAUGACCUUCAGCGGCCUAAACCGUGGCUUCGCCUACGCCCGCUACAGUUCGCGGCGCGGCGCCCAGGCCGCCAUCGCCACGCUGCACAACCACCCGCUGCGGCCCUCCUGCCCGCUGCUCGUGUGCCGCAGUACUGAGAAGUGCGAGCUGAGUGUGGACGGGCUGCCCCCGGGGCUGAGUCGCCGCGCGUUGCUGCUCGCGCUGCAGCCCCUGGGUCCCGGCCUGCAGGAGGCGCUGCUGAUGCCCAGCCCUGGGCCCGCGCCCGCGCAAAUUGCGCUGCUGAAGUUCAACUCGCACCGCGCCGCCGCCAUGGCCAAAAAAGCCCUAGUGGAAGGGCAGUCACGCCUCUGUGGAGAGCAGGUGGCCGUGGAGUGGCUCAAGCCAGAUCUGAAGCAGCGACUCCGCCAGCAGCUGGUGGGCCCCUCCUUGCAGUGCCUACAGCCAGAGGGCAGUCGGUUGGCCCUGGCCAGGGACAAGCUAGAGUCCCAAGGGGCUCGGGGUGCCCUGCAGCUGUUGUGCCAGCGGAUGAAGCUGGGCAGCCCUGUGUUCCUCACCAAGUGUUUGGGCAUGGGCCCUGCUGGCUGGCACCGCUUCUGGUACCAGGUGGUGAUCCCUGGGCAUCCAGUGCCCUUCAGUGGCCUCAUCUGGGUUGUGCUGGCCCCAGAUGUGCAGAAUGGGCAUGAGAUGGCUAAGGAUGCUGUGUCUGCAAGGUUGCUAGAGGCACUGAGUGCCUCUAGAGCCAGUCUUCUACCGACUGGUGGGGCUGAGGCAGGUACCGUGGUUAAGCAGUGA